UUUACGUCUAGUUUACAAAUCAGGUGUUACGUCCGUCGUUCGUGGAGCGAAAUGUUCAACAAGAAACCAAGGCGAAACUUUCGGCAGAGGAAAGACAGCUCGAGCGACGAGGAAGAACAGAAGAAGAACAGUGGAGGAGGAGGAGACGAGGAUGAGAAAGCUCCAGCCGCAGUUGUAAAUAAACCUUUUAAAGUGACGCAGGCCCGCGGGAUCUCCUGCAGCUCCAAGCGGGAAGCGACGCCUCCGAAGUCGGACAGCAGCGAUGGAGAAGACGGGGAGGCAGAAGAAAGACAGGAGAGGAAGAAAGAGAAGAAAACAAAUACUAUUCUCAGUUUCUCUGACGAUAAAGAAGCUGAAGAAUCAACAUUUAAAUUGAAGAAGUCUUCUGACAAAGCCGUGCUGUUCCAAGUUAGGAAGAAGGAGCCUCCACCUGCCAAGACCACCCAUAGCACAGCCGCAGGUGGCCACGUCCCAUCAUCUAAUUCUACCAAGCAAGAUUACGACAUUCAAGCUUCGCCUAAUUCUCUGCAGGAGAAUGAUGAUGAUGAUGGCCAUGAUGAUGAUGAUGAUGAUGAUGAUGAUGACGGCAACAACGAAGAUGAUGAUGGUGUUGGUAACGAUGAUGACGAUGACAGUGAUGGAGAUGGUGCCAUGUCUCCCUCAGUGAGCUCAGCCUCAGACUCCAGCAGCUCUGCUCCUAAUCCAUGUAUCCCUAAUGCCCGAGAGAUUGAGGCGGCCAGACGACAACGUCGUGCCAAUCGAACCCGGAAAGAGUUCAUUCCACUGAGUAGAGAUGCCCAGAGCUCAGCUGGCAGCACCCCAGAUCACUACAGCAGGGAGGAGGACGAUGACCAAGUUGAGGAUGAUGACGAUGAGCCAGAUGAUCAUGAGAGAAGAAUUGAGUUCGCCCCACGAAUGAAGAGCAUCAGGGAAAGGAUUGCAGAGAAGCUUGGAGGAAGUGAGGGCAGUCUCUCAGGAAGUGAUGAGGAGGAGCAGGAGCUUUGGGAGGAGACACAAAUUGGGAAGGGAGUUAAGAGGCGACCGGGGGAACAGAGUCCAUCGGGCAGUGAGUGCAGCAGCUACAGCAGCAACAGUAGCAGCCGGCGAGACAGAGGAAAAGUACACAAGAGAUCGACGGGGCUCAGAAUCCCAAAGACUCUCCCUCCCGUCACUGUCUCAAUGGUCAAGAGAAGAAUCGUUGAAAAACUCGACUCACUGAAGGAGGUACACAGAGCACGGCAGGCUGAGCUGAGGAGGAUCGAGGGUGACUCUGAGAGCGCUAAAACCUCCGUGGAGUCCAUAGAGGACAGUUCCUCAGAAAACCAGCUAAAGUUUUAUAGGACCAUGACCCUCUAUGUCAACAACCUGGUAGAGUGUCUACAAGAGAAGGUUGUUGAGAUCAACGCGUUGGAACUGGAGCUGCACACUCUGCUGUCCGACCACACGGAGGCGCUGCUGGCUCAGAGACGAGAGGCGGUCAAGGAGCAGGCUGAGCGCCUGCAGCAGCUCAGCUAUAACACAGAUGAGCAGAGUGGAGGCUCAGCCAAUGGAACAGAAACUCCCUGCGAGGGUGUCACUGGAGGUGAGGAAGACUGUGAUAUGCCUGAAGACACACAGCCUUCAGCAGAAGAAGAGGAAGAGCUGCAGAAAAAAAUAGAUGAUAUAUUGUUGAGGUCCAAGGCAGUUUUUUCUAACGUCCAAGAAGACUUCUACAACGUUAAAAAGAUUCUGUCUCGCUUUGAGGAGUGGAGAAGCUUCUACUCAGACUCCUACCACAGUGCCUACAUCUCUCUGUGUCUGCCCAAAUUACUGAACCCCAUCGUAAGGCAUCAGCUGCUGGCAUGGAACCCUUUAAAGGACGUGAAUGGAGGCUUUGAAGACCUCCCAUGGUUCACAGCAGUGGAGACGUUCUGCCAUGGCCAUGGCCACGAGGAGCUGGACCACACUGACAGAGAGACCCUCUCUAAUGUCAUUCAAAAGACCGUCCUACCCAAAAUGACUGCCUACGUGGAUCUGGUGUGGGAUCCCAUGUCCCAGCAACAGUCCCUCUGUCUGUCCGAUGUCUGUCACAGACUGAAGGAGGACUACUCCAUCUUUGAAGGAGAGCAGAGUAAACCAGUCAAGGCAUUCACAGAGGCUGUGGUCCGCCGGCUCAGGAGCUGUGUAGAUGAAGAUGUUUUCGUCCCCCUGUAUCCCAAAAAGUUUCUAGAAGACAGGUCGUCUCCUCAGCAUCGCUUCAGGGAUCGGCAGUUCUGGACAGCCGUAAAACUACUAGGUAACACGGGGAAGUGGGAUUUGCUGCUUCCUGAGCCUGUGUUGAAGGAAGUGAUGUUGGACAAACUGCUGAACAGAUACCUGUUGAUCACCCUGUGCAGUCAGACACUGAACAACGAUGCUGUUCUCAAAAAGAUAGCAGAUAGUCUGCCACUCUCAUGGUUCAAAGAAGAAACCGCAUGUUUGCCUCAGCUCCAGAAUUUCAGGAACCAUAUAGUUGAGAAAGUUCACAGCAUCUGUAAACAGCAGCCUCCCCAAGAUCCAAACACCAGGUCGGCUGUCGUUGAAAUGCUGAAGGUCCUCAGUAGAAUCCGGAGCCACGACUCAAUCAUGGCCAUAGCAGAGAAAUACCACUACCAAGACCUCAUCUACUCUCACCAGCUGCUGAACCAAGAGACAGUCUAAUCACGUGGAAAGGGUCCAGCUGAAGUUUCAGUUGUCAAUGUGACGCGGAGCGUAGGUUAACUGAACUGUACGGGUAAAAUGUCUCAUCUCCCCACAAUACUUAGUCAGGAGCAAUUUGCUAUCUUGUAUGAUACAGAUGACCGUAUUUUUAUGAAUAAAUAUUUGGAUUUUGUUAAUAUA